CACGUCUUCGACCAGACCGCCACACAGGCCCUUCCAUCCCAUCAUGCCCAUGGCGUCCACUUUGUCGCGCCCGACGUCAUAGACGGCAGCGAUGAGCCCCGCGUCUGUUCUGUCAAAGGUUGCAGCAGUAUCUUGCCAGCCUACUAUGCCCUCAAGAUGUGUGAGGACUGUAGGAGCAAGCACCGAUUUUAUGCGAGCACGAAGAGAGCGAAGAGAAGGAAGGAGAAGGAGGCUGUGUAUGCUGACGGUUUCAUAAAUCAGGAUGUACUUGUACAGGACUCAGCUGGGGCUCUUAAUCAGUCCGAGACAUCUUCAAUGCGAGACUCAAUCGACCCGCCUAUGGCCAAUCUUAUCUCUCAAUUCCCUCUACAGACGGAUAUCAACACCAACACCAACACUGAGAUGUGGGCCACUCAGGUUGACCCCCGACUACUCAGUACUUCCUCUUCCGAGCUUGCAGCAGCCCUCGCAUCAUCAUCCCAUCCAUCUGCUACUUCUUCCGUCCCAGCUCCAAUCUCUUCUCUACCUCUCUUUGAGACACACUCUCAAACACAUAAUACUUCUCCAGUUCUGGUUCCAUGCCCAAGCUCCCAAUCCAACCCGUCGCCCGCCUCCAUACAUGGUCAACUCGUCAUGUCAACCUCAACUCCCGUGAACACUACUGCGUCUGUUCCUGCUCGAUACUGCAGUGUGAAGGGAUGCAAGGCGAUCAUCCCGAACGGAUACUUCUACAAGAUGUGUGGAUCUUGCAGGGAAAGGUACAAAGCGUACGGGAAGACGAAGAGAGAUAAGUGGAAGAGAGAAAGGGAGGAAGCUUUGAAGACCUUGGACAAUUUGAAGCAAGAGGAGGACGAGAGACGGAAAGCCGCCGGGUUGACUCCCAUGGCAGAUUUGUCGGUGACCGAGCGUCGCGAAUUCGAAGAUACGAUUCUUUCGCGAUUACCACCGCCAGGCCCGCAGACAUGGCCCCCGACGUCACUUGCAACGCUUCCCGUGCGCAUGUGCACGGUGUCGCAUUGUCACGCUAUCCUAUCUUCAGGUUACGAAUUUAGAAGAUGCGAACAGCAUAGAAGGCAGAACCGUCAUCAUAAUCAAUUGAAACGCGUGAGGGAGAAGGAGGUGAAGAGCGUUCCGAUCUUCUUGAACGGGGAGUGGAGGAAGGCCGAGGUUCCCUUUGGAAGGGACGGUGACGAUGAGGUUGAGGACGAGGGACAGAGUGGGAAUGAAGGAGAAGGGGCCACCAAUGAGAAGAUGAUGGAUAGGUCUACGGAUCAGGUGGCGAGUACAUCCGCAGCCUCAGGUGUGGACGCAGAGUCAGAUCCGAAUCCUACGGUUGAUCCCUCAUUACCUCCAGCAGCCCGUGGAAUACGACGUGCCAAUCACCACUGUUCCGUCAAACCUUGUCAUAACUUGCUCAACCCGAACGUACCCUUCAAGAUGUGUGAGGUCCACAGGCUGAAGGAUGCUGAGUCCAGAAAGCGCAAGGCGGAGAGGAAGGAGAAGAAGAAAGUCCCCGAGGCAAAGACGAAGAAGGAUGAGGACACACUGGUGCAAGGUUCUGGUAGGACAGGCAGAACUGCUGAAGGUAAUUUACGGCCCGGUGAAACUCUUCAGGGCGAUGAACAUGUAUGUGCAGGCAAUGUCCCCUCCCAGGAGGAAUCCGUAGACGACGAAGAUGAGGCAUCCGUAUCCAGAGCCUUGAUCCCUUCGGGCGAUGAGGCCGGGAGCUGCAGUCCUUCUGCGAGGUCGACUCCGAGCACCCCUGAGUUCUCUUCAGCUCAUCAGCACCAAACCCGAAUCAUCUUCAUGGAUCCACUCGUCCCACCGUCGUUUAGCGAAUCCCAACCAGAUUCUCCACGUACCCUCAACUCCAAACAAGACUCUUCUAUCCCCGCCCCAGAUUCUACAUCUUUCAGCGACGCGUCUCAAGUUCCUCCCUCCGAUCCACGAGAAGCUCCUUUCGCCACAGUCUCCCCUUCUGUCACCAUGCGGGGUCCACUCGUCCCGAGAGCCACCAAGUUUAUUCAUUCGCCUCUGGCCAGUAUCGGUCGUGUACGGUCUGACGAAGCCGCCUUUAAAGCUGCGACGGAGGCGAGGGAAGCGGAGGUGGCUGCGAGGGUCACAGCGAGUCUCGCCCGGUUCCUCCCUCAUGUCCCUUUGAAUCGCGACUAUACUCCUGGACCCACAGGAGCCUCUGCCUCUGCCUUGCAGAUGAAAGACCUCCUCACGCCAGCGUUGCCGAACGCAUCGUCGCAGGCACCAUCCACUGUCGCUCCCGAGCCGGACGCCACUCCAAUUUUGAAUGCCGUUUCCUCUGCGCCUCCAACGCCCCCUACUUCUACGCAGUCCAGCGGAAGGACGACCGAUCCUACUACCAACACAACGCCUGUUCCUGCUCCUGAUGCUCCCAUGCCAGUCGAGCAAGUCAAGAGAAGAAAGAGAGCCCCCAACUCGGACCCAGCAGGACAAUCCGCUUCGACUACCCAAACAGAGUCGAAGUCGAUCAAAGACCAGAAGAAGCCAUCCGCAUCUCCACGUCAGCAUACGCCAAUCAAGGCUACCCCACCCCCACAGUUCCCAGAUCCUACCUCCCUGCCUCCAGGCUACCCCGCAUACUACGUCCCCGCGCCAUACGGUACCUCACCUUACUACGGCCAGCCACCUCCGCCAGGAAUGUACGCAACUCAACUGAUGCCAUAUCCAUAUCCACCUCAUAUGUCCGAGGCUUCGUCCUUUGUUUCGGCCCCACCCAACUGUUAUGGAGAGCUCAUGGCACCGCCUGCAUACUUGCCACCCCCUUCCGGAGGAUAUGGAGCCGUGCAGGCUGGUUUGGCGGGGUAUAUGUAUGCACCCGGGGGAGGUUGGCAGCAGUAUGGGCAUACGAUGCACCAAACGGCGCUGUACAACGGGUAUCAGCCAUCGGGAAUGGUAGAAGACGUGCACGGCAGUGAGUCAACGAAGGUAGUGGAGGAUGGAAAGAUCAAGACGAAGAGAUCGGCAAAGAGGAAAAGGAACGACGAAGUUGUGGAGGUCACUCACGCAUCUGCCAGUAGUGCUGCUGCCAUGGUACCUCCGUCCAUGAACUCUCCUCAACAGGAUGCGGCUGUUUCGACAUCUCUGUCUAUCGACACUCCCGGGCACACCUCUGCCUCCGACCAGCAGACCGCCCCGCCGCGACCAUGCGCAAACACGACAUGUCAUCGUCACAUCCCCAGCUCCACACCUGGUACGCUAUGCGAGAAGUGCAAGUCCAAGAUCAAGAAGAGGCUGGAAAGAACGAAGCAGAGGCUGAAGCUCGAACCCAGGAAGAGCAUCGCCCCGAACGAGGGCUCCACUAGCAC